AUGGGAGUGGUCGUCUUUGGUAAAUCGAUAAAGCAUAACUUUCCUGUGCGUAUAGGUCUUGCCAAAACGAUAUUUGGAAUUGGGCCCACAACUGCUGCCAAAUUGAUGGCCAAGAUUGGAAUCUACCCAAAUUGUAAAAUGAAUCAACUUACAGAGCCACAAAUCUUGGAUCUUAAUAAGGAAAUUUCACUGUUGUUAGUGGAGGGUCACUUGAAGCAAAAGAUCAACAACGACAUCAAAAUGAAGAGAGACAUUGGUUCGUUUGCCGGUUUUAGACACGCUUGGGGUUUCCCAGUUAGAGGACAGAGGACAAAGACCAACGCCAAUACCGCUAGAAGAUUGAAUAAGUUGGAGAGAUUCAGACUUUAA